GCAACUGGUUUUUUUUUUUGUGUAAAUAAAUUGCAGCUGGUCGGUGAAUAGAAAAUGCUAUGUUAAUUAAACCGGUGGGUUGGAUCAUUAAUUUAAAUGUCCUAUUGAUGAAUUAUGUUUAAAAAAUGUUUAUAUAUCGAUGUUUGGUAAAUGUAACGUGAGUUAUAUAGUAUAUGACGACAGAUAGAGCACAUCAGAUUUUGAAUAUGCUGACCAUAACUUAUAAUAAGUCUCAUCUCAUAUUGGACGUGGCCCGGUAGUGGGCGGGAGUUUUGACCAAACUCAUAGAUAAUUUGGAACUUUUGUUUAGGGGUCAGUUCAGACCUUAUCGGGUCCGGAUCGGAUCGGAUCUUAGAUAGUUUGAUCCAAUAGGAUAAUUAGAGGUUGUCAAUUUGGAUUCGGUUCGGUUACGGAUCGGGUUCGGUUAGGGUCAUGUCGGAUCAAACCCAAAACAUAUAGAAAAUAUCUAAAAAUAUUUAAAUACUCUAAAAAUGAGAAACUUUAUCUAAAAUCUGAUCCAAGUACAUGAAAAAUAUCCAAAAUUUUAUCAGAUUAUCCGAAUUAUAUUUUUGAAAAUCUAAAUUUUUAUCUGAAACCCAAAACCAUACCCAAAAACUAAGAUUUGAAACUUAAAAAAAUACGCAUUAUACCAAAAAUAAACUAAAAUACCCAUGUACACCUAAUAUAUACUAGAAGUUUCGGGUUUUCGGGUACCCCACUCGAAUCUCGGAUUCGAGUCGGAUCGGGUCGGGUCCAAGAUAUGCGGGUCUUUCACAACAAGACCCAAUAAGAUAAAAAGAUCGGGUUGGUUUCGGAUUGGGUCGGAAUUUUUUGGGUUGGUUUCGAGUCGGGUCUUCGGGUCCGAGUAAAAUACCAGGCCUGCUUCUAACCAACUCCAACAUAACAAAAUAAAAUUAUAAUAAAAUAAAAUAUAUUUUGUUGUCAAAUAAUAAAUAAAAUAUUAAAGUCCACUUUCAUGCUAAUUUGAAAAUAUAUGAAUUAGUAAAGAUUCAAAGUAGUUAGUGUAUUGAAUAACACCGGCUAAAAGUUAGUGUAUGCUUUUGGUAUUCCGUAUUAUUAAAUUAAAUUAAAUGAGAAAUAAUUUAAUAUUAAAUAAUUUAAAAGUUCGUUUAUUCAAACCUCUCUGUUCUCUCAUUUCAUCUUCUUUCCGGUGCACAAAGCCAGAGGUUGAAGAAAGAUUUGAGGCGAUCGAAGUGAAAUGCAAAAGCUAGGGUUCGAAGACGCGAGACACUACUACCCAAGAGGCACAGAGAAGCCCUACAGCGACCAGUCACCGUACAGAGGACAGUCGUCGGCGACUAUCAAGAACACGGCGUCAACGAGCAGAUAUCACGAGGAAGAUCAACCUUACGUGGAGAUCUCUCUAGACAUCCACGACGACUACGUCUCCGUGUACAGCUUGAAGUCGCCUGACCAUAUAGGAGGCACCGGAUCGCUUCUGAGACAAGGCCGUCCGGGGAAGAGCAACUCUGUCCUGAAACGCGUAGCGUCAUCGUUUUCGACCGAACUGAAACGAGUUGCUUCCUCCUCCGUCUCUUCUUCCUCGGCGAGAAAGCCUCCGCGUCCGCCUUUGGCUAAGUUCCGGCGCUCGAAGUCUAGAGCAGAGCAAGCGCUCAAGGGUCUCAAGUUCAUCACCAAGACCGAUGGCGUCGCGGGCUGGCCUGGAGUUGAGAAACGGUUCCAUGAUAUCACCGAGAACACCUACGGGUUACUACACCGUUCGAAGUUCGGUGAAUGUAUAGGGAUUAAUUCAACGGACUUUGCUUUGGCAUUGUUCGAUGCUUUGAGAAGGAGGGAAAAUGUGAAUGGAGAUUCUAUAAACAAGAAUCAGCUUCAAGAGUUUUGGAAGCAGAUUACUGAUCAGGAUUUUGACUCGAGGCUACGACUUUUCUUUGCUAUGGUGGAUAGAGAUGUCGAUGGAAAGUUAAAUGAAGCCGAAGUAAAAGAGAUUAUAAGUCUAAGUGCCUCUGCAAACGAACUGGAGAAUAUUCGGAGACAAGCGGAUGAAUAUGCUGCUUUGAUUAUGGAGACAUUAGAUCCCUAUCAUUACGGGUACAUCAUGAUAGACAAUCUCGAGGUGCUACUGCUGCAAGCUCCAAUGGAGGAUAUAAGAGAUGGGGAGACUAAGAACCUGAGCAAGAUGCUAAGUCAUAACCUCAGAGUAUCACAAAGUAGGAAUCUCGGGGAGCGUGUUUAUAGAGGGGUGAAGUAUCUCGUGUUGGAUAAUUGGAAGAGAGUGUGGGUGAUGGCUCUAUGGAUAGGUGUUAUGUCCGGGCUGUUCGCGUGGAAGUUCAUGCAGUAUAAGAAGAGAUCCGCUUACCAAGUUAUGGGAGUUUGUGUUUGUGCAGCCAAAGGAGCUGCAGAGACCCUUAAACUAAACAUGGCUUUGGUUUUGUUACCAGUUUGUAGGAACACCAUCACUUGGCUCCGGACCAAAACCAUGUUAAGUGCUGUUGUUCCCUUUGAUGAUAGCCUCAAUUUUCACAAGGUUAUAGCAAUAGGAAUUUCAGUUGGAGUAGCAAUCCAUGCCAUAUCUCACUUAGCGUGUGAUUUCCCCCGGCUGAUUGCUGCAAAUGAAGAGACGUAUGAGCCAAUGGUUAAGUAUUUUGGGGUACAGACAAAGAGAUAUAUGGACUUUGUGCAGUCCGUGGAAGGAGUUACAGGGAUUGCAAUGGUUAUACUAAUGACUAUAGCUUUCACAUUGGCUACACCAUGGUUCAGACGCAAUAAGCUCAAGCUUCCUGGACCACUGAAGAAAAUAACCGGCUUCAACGCCUUCUGGUACUCUCACCACUUGUUUGUUAUCGUCUACUCGCUGCUCAUUGUUCACGGAUACUAUGUUUACCUAAUCAAGGAAUGGUCCAAGAAAACGACAUGGAUGUAUUUGAUGGUGCCAGUGGUUCUUUACUUGUCUGAAAGGCUGAUUCGUGCGUUCAGGUCAGGCAUCGAGGCUGUUUCCAUACUAAAGGUUGCUGUUUUACCAGGGAAUGUCUUGUCGCUUCAAAUGUCAAGACCAAGCAACUUCAGAUACAAAAGCGGACAAUACAUGUACCUCAACUGUUCUGAAGUUUCUUCAUUAGAAUGGCAUCCAUUCUCAAUUACCUCGGCUCCAGGUGACGAGUACCUCAGUGUCCACGUCAGGGUUCUAGGAGACUGGACAAAGCAAUUAAGACAACUAUUCUCUGAGGUACUCAACUCCAUUUCUCCACUAAACGUAAACACAAGAGUUCAAUUGGGUCUAAUUAUGUGUUUCAUUCGUAUGGAAUAUGAUCCUCAGGUGUGUAAUCCACGCCUUCCUGAUGAAAACAGACCGAACAUAGCUGACCCGAGGCUCCUGGAUAACAUCCCUGAUUUUCCAAGAAUCCUAAUUGACGGCCCAUAUGGAGCACCAGCACAAGACUACAAGAAUUUCGAAGUUGUUCUACUCGUGGGUCUAGGAAUCGGAGCUACUCCAAUGAUAAGUAUUGUCAAGGACAUUAUCAAUAACAUAAAAGGCAAUGGAGACAUAGAAGAAGGACGAAACAGUAACCGAAGACAGUCACCGAUUCACAGCAUGGUCACACCUCCUCUUUCCCCAGCGAGAAGAAGUGAGACGUUUAGAACCAAGAGAGCAUACUUCUACUGGGUCACAAGAGAGCAAGGAUCUUUUGACUGGUUCAAGAACGUGAUGGACGAAGUGGCCUUAACAGACCGAAACAAGGUCAUUGAGCUGCAUAAUUACUGCACCAGCGUCUACGAGGAAGGAGACGCGAGGUCUGCACUGAUCACGAUGCUCCAGUCGCUGCACCACGCUAAGCACGGAGUGGACGUUGUGUCUGGUACACGUGUCAUGUCCCAUUUCGCUAGGCCGAACUGGAGAAGCGUUUACAAAAGGAUCGCCGUGAAGCAUCCCAAGACUAGAGUCGGUGUGUUUUACUGCGGAGCAGCUGGAUUAGUGAGAGAGCUACGACACUUAGCACUGGAUUUUUCUCAUAAUACUUCCACCAAGUUCUGUUUCCAUAAAGAAAACUUCUAAAACUAAAGUUAUAAGAUAUAUAUAGUUAUAAGGCUCUAAGAGACUUGAACAAGCUUAUUGAGUUAUUGGAUUCAUGGUUGAAGAACUUUGUAUAGAAAUUGUACAGAUACUGUGAUUUAAUACAGUUUUGGUUCUUGUACAAACUAAUCAUGUUUGUAU